AUGCCGAUCCAAGCUUUGCCAGAAAACACCGCUCGGGCUCUCGGCUCUUCACUCGUCUUGACUGAUGCCAGAUCUGUUGUCAAAGAGCUCGUUGACAAUGCGCUCGACGCCCGUGCUACAGCAAUCAGCGUGGAGAUAGCCAACAACACUCUAGAUGUCAUCCAGGUCAAAGACAAUGGCACCGGCAUUGGUGUCGAAGAUCGACAGCUCCUCUGCAAGCGAGGCUGUACUUCCAAGAUCCGGUCUCUGGAGGAUCUCGAGCGACUUGGCGGCUCAUCUCUGGGGUUCCGAGGUGAAGCACUAGCCAGCCUCGUGGAACUAAGUCAGGCGGUACUUGUUACUACCCGAGUGGAUGGUGAGGUUGUAGGGACAACUGUCAAGUAUGCUGUCUCGGGGAUGCUCAGUUCUUCUUCGGCCUCUCACCCCGUUGGGACGACGAUUCGUGUGCAGGAUUUCCUCUCCAAAAUACCAGUUAGGAAACAGACGGCGCUCAAGGAAAGUACGAAGACCUUGCAAGCUAUAAGAAAGCUCUUUUUCUCGUUCGCGUUCGCCAGACCGGAAGUGCGGCUCUCGUUCAAAGUGCUGAAAGGAAAGAAUGACAAGUUCAAUUGGACUUAUGCACCCACCUUGACAGCUUCAGUUACUGAGGUGGCAACGAAGAUCGUGGGCAAAGAUAUUGUUUCUGAAUGUACCGCACACAGUAUCUGUUCGGACGAUUGUGAUGUCGACCUUGACAGUGGCUGGAAAUUCAAUGCUCUUUUGCUAUCGGCUACUUCAGCUUCUGCCAAUGCUCGCAAUGCUGGGCAAUACAUGUCUAUCGACGGCCGACCUAUGAAUUCGGAUAGAGGCACAAUGCGGGAGGUGGCCAAGUCUUACAAGCGUCACCUGCGGAAGACUCUCUCAUCCUCAGAGAGCGCUUCGGGCUCGAGACCCUUCCUCUUACUGCAGAUCCAAUGCCCUGCCCAGAGCUACGACGUCAAUGUGGAGCCCACCAAGGAUGAAGUCCUUUUCAAUCGGCCCGAUCAGUUGCUGUCUCUAGCGGAAUGCUUGUUUAACCGGGCAUAUCCUGGGCUUGAGAGAAGCGCUAUUGAUGUACCGGAGGAUGACCGGGCAGCAGGAUCUCCAGCGAUUGUGUCCACGUCGACCCAACAUACCAGUCGUCUAGGCCUUGCCGAAGUUCAAGAGGAGAACAAUUCAUUACAGCAUGAAGACCCCCUUAUCGCAGCCGACAUGGAGGAAACACUGACCAGCAGAUCAAGCGUGCGCAACCCCUUUACAAUUGCUGCAAUGAAUGCACAAGUCAAGCCCGGAAGGAUGGACAUGAGCCAAGCCAGAGCAAUGUCUGAUGCGGACCGAAAUACGCUGGCAGAUAGAGAAAAGGCCGUGACGGCUGACGAUGUUUGCGCAACCGCGGCAGCCUCGCGAAACCCUUCAGAAUCCCCGUCAGGCGCUGUUGAAACCAGUCCCUCGCCAUCUCCCAGACCAGGCCCGCCCAUGAGACGACGAGUCAACACUACGACACGGGUAGAAAACGAGGAAGCAGACACGCAAAUCUCAGAUGACGGCAAUAGUGUUACCAUGCCACAGAGGUUGAACUUGCAGGAAUGGCUGACCCCAGACCCUCUAUCACAUCUACCCUCUGGCUCGAACGUCAUCUCUCGGAAUAUAAAAGGCUCAGAUCCACGCAAUAAAAAUAUCGGUGCCUCGGACACGAGGUCAAGAUCUGAUAUUGACUUGUCAUCGUCCUCGUCCACCUCUCAGACGCGUCGGGGAUGGGGACCGGGCCAGAAACUUUUCAAGGUGCCUUUCAAACGUCAAGAUCUAACUGCACCCUCUGGAAUCGAGCCUCUCACGCCACCUUCAACUGUCCGCAGUCAUCACCAGCUGUCAUUACUGCAGGAUCUUCGAGAUGUUCCUGCGGUAUCUGAGCCGAGCGAAGCUGACAGUGAAGAUGUCCAUUCUGAUCAGUGGGUUCAACCGAGGAGGGCCAGCGCUAGUCUUGCCACAUCUCCAGAAACCGGGCCUCGACAGCAGAACUCCGAACUGGAAGAGAUUAUGGAUUUCGAGCACAGAAAGAAAGCCGCAAUAGCUCAUCAGAGAAGAGCUAUGAGGGGUCUCACAUCUGCUUCUCUCGGGGGGCUGGGUAGAUCGAGCCAGCCCGUGUCAAGUUCUGCAUCGGCGUCAGCAUCGGUUUCCGGCGAGUCAACACAGAGUGCAAGCAUUGAGGAUUAUGGUACGAAAUUUGGACCCUCGGACUCUCGAGUCACGAUACCGUCAAGCUCGAACCCACAUCGCAACCGCUACCUAAAGGCGCUGCAGGACUUGUUGCAUGCUCAUCCACAGCCAGGGGGUGAGCUGCAACUCGAGUCCGAGGAGCAGAGCUACACAUCAGAGACACAUAUACGAGACCACGAUCUGGGUGAAUCCGAGCUCCCUCCCGACGACCCACGAGCUUAUUUAAUCAGACAAAGACAAGGGCAGAGAAGCGCCGCCGCCAACGGAAAGAUCUACCGCACAAAAUCAUCCAAAUUACCCCUCGAGACAAUCCCACCGGGCUCGACGACGGUCAAUCUUGUUCUCACCACGAAUGCCUUGGACCUCAAGGACAACUCCAAAGGCGUAUUAUAUCGACGCCAAGUCCAGACCCUGGCCAGGACUGAUCCGUACAUUACCCGUGGCCAAACACAUUACAUAGAUUUCGACGACUGCCACGACGCAUCAUCGAUCGACACAACAUGGGCAUCUAUUUUAUGA